UCGAUCCGUCACCGCCGCAAUCUGACAUUCUCCUUUACACACUUGCAUGUAAAGAAGGAAUUAAUGUGAGCAAUUUUCCUCUCCUUUUCUCUCCCGUAAUCGAACUCAACCCUUGUUUUCCCCUAAAUUCUAUUUUCCCACUUUUGUUAAUCCAAUUUCUUGUAUGUGGAAAUGGGAUUGAAAUCUUUAGCAGCUGAAUUUGAAGGAAAACUAGAAGCUUUAAACUAAUCUUGAAGAUUUUGGAACUUUGGUGCUAGAGUGUUUGCUGCAGAGGGUUCACCAUCGGCACCCCGUUUUCCUAAAGAAAAGGUUGCAAUAGUCUCUCACAACGCGACAGAGUUGAGCAAGGCCGACGGAGGAGCUGCAACUGCCGUCGGAAGCAAUAUCAGAGACAGAAAGAAUGGAGCUAACAAUUGUACAACCUGAUGAUUUUCAUCUUCAUCUUCGUGACGGUGCUCUUCUGGAAGCUGUAACCCCUCACAGUGCAAAGCAUUUUGGAAGGGCUAUUAUCAUGCCCAAUUUGAAACCACCCAUCACUACCACAUCCUCUGCUAUUUCUUAUCGAGAAUCUAUUUUGAAAGCAAUACCUAAAACUUCCAAUUUCACUCCUCUCAUGACGCUUUAUCUCACUGAUGCUACAACUCCGAAUGAGAUUCAACUUGCAAAAAAAAGUGGAUUUGUUUAUGGUGUGAAGUUGUAUCCUGCUGGAGCUACAACAAACUCUCAGGAUGGUGUUACAGAUCUUUUUGGAAAUUGUUAUUCUGUUCUUGAGGAAAUGGUUGAGCAAGGUUUACCAUUAUUGGUUCACGGAGAGGUUACAAAUCCAGAAGUUGAUAUUUUUGACCGGGAAAAGGUCUUUAUUGAAACAAUUUUAGAGCCUUUAAUUCAAAGGCUUCCACAAUUGAAGGUUGUGAUGGAGCAUAUUACUACCAUGGACGCUGUUAAAUUUGUAGAGUCUUGCAAAGAAGGUUAUGUAGCAGCAACAGUUACACCUCAGCAUAUUCUUCUCAAUCGCAAUGCUUUGUUCCAAGGUGGCUUGCAGCCUCACAAUUACUGUCUUCCCGUGCUUAAAAGAGAGAUCCACAGACAGGCUAUUGUUUCAGCUAUCACUAGUGGAAGUAGACGAUUUUUCCUUGGAACUGAUAGUGCUCCACAUGAUAGGCGUAAAAAGGAAUCUGCUUGUGGAUGUGCUGGCAUCUACAACUCCCCGGUUGCUCUAUCACUAUAUGCCAAGGUUUUUGAAGAGGCUGGUGCACUUGACAAGCUGGAAGCUUUUACAAGCUUUAAUGGACCUGACUUCUAUGGUAUCCCCAGAAACAAGUCAAAGAUUAAACUGAGGAAAUCUCCUUGGAGAGUACCCGAGUGUCUAUCGUUUCCAUUUGGAGAUAUUAUUCCCAUGUUUGCCGGUGAAACACUUGAAUGGGAAGCAUUGCUUAUUUGACUGGUCUCUGCGUAUUCAGAGACAUAGGUAUGUGACAUUUAUUGGAGUAUGUUAAUCUAGUUAGUUGGAGUUGGUUGCCUUGGUGACAAAACCUGAUAGCUUGUACCAACUGUUCACACUCAUAAUAUGUAACAUUUCGGGUGUAUCAGAAAUGCGGGCAGAAAUAAUGAUCAAGCUUUCUUUUAUUUCUUUGAAAGUUAGGUUUCAGCUUAAAUAGCUGGUUAUUGAGAUUGUAAUUUAUGUGGGCAUUCAGAAAUAUGACCAGGCAAUUUUUUUAUAUUGUCCUCAUUUCAUUUUCACAAAUAAAUGAUGGGACUCAAUUCAUUGCAUUCUAUGCUAAAUGAGCACAGCAUAAAUUAUAAAU